ACCAUUAUAACCAGUCACGUGAGCGGCAAACCGCAACUCCUCCUGUGCCAGUUGCUGAUCCACCAGUUGUUGUUGCCCAUUGAAAUUUGGGGGUGGGGGGAGGGUCCAUUAGUCGUCACUCCUAACCCCUCCUAACCAACGAAAUCUGCCAAAGCCAUCAACCCUCACCCCUCCUGCCGAUUUUUUUUCCCACUUCUUUCACAAAACAACAAAAAAAAAUGAAUAUACUAAAGCUCCACCGCCCGAUGGUUCCCUGUACAGCAAAGUUUGAUGAAGAAUUACGUGAAGAGUCAAUAGUAGUUAUUAAAGGAAAGUUGACGGAUGAUCCCCUCAGAUUUGAUGUUAAUUUUCAGAAGGGUGACCAUCCUGAUGCAGACAUUUUAUUCCAUUUCAAUCCGCGUUUUAAAGAGGAACUUGAAAAAGUGAUAUUUAAUAGUCGGGGAGCAGAUGGCUGGGGAUUUCAGGGUGAGAAGUACGAAAAGAUUGCUUCCAGAACUUCUCCAUUUAAGCUGGUAUUCAUGGUGUGGAACAACUCUUUCCAGGUAUCUGUGAAUGGUAGACAUAUCCUUGACUACCCACACCGAUUAGAAGAUUGGAAGCCAGAUACUGUUAUAGUUUUUGGAGAUAUACAAGUAGAAAGUAUUGAUGUUCUCAAACUUUGAGGCUAAAAAAGCUGUUGAAGGAACAGAAUGAAACUUCUAAAGCAAAGUUGAAUUACACGUCGAGAGUUAAAAUAGCAAUUUAUCAGCUUCUGCAUUUCAUUCUGUCUAUGCUUGAAAAUUUGUUAGUUUGCGUGAUGACUUUAGAUAUAUUUCAUACAAUGCCGAUAUUGAUUCACUUUAGACAUAGAGGAAUGAAA